CUAGAAAAACACAAAAAACACAAACUGGUCAAAAUAAAAAGUCAGAACAACAAUCUCAACAAACACAAAAGCAACAUCGAACUAGAAGACAAACUAGAGAACAAAUUAAUCAGUGUUCAG